UCCGAGUCAGCCGACGCCUCCCUUCACGAGGGACGAGGCCGUCGUUGGCCGAUGACAACCCAUAUUCGCUGAUGCAGGUAUCCGAAUUUACUGAAGAUCAUCCGUACUGGGGCACAUUGCGCCAAUCUCAAACUCCAAAUAUUAAUCCCGGCAUGAUUAACCCCAUCGAAGACACGCCUAUGUACGGGCUAGAUGGUCCUGCUCAACCCAUUACCAACCAUGAGCAAUACCCCUCGAAACCACAGCAGACUGGGCAAACGGUUGGAGGUCGACGGCUAAAAGGUAUGAGUGCUUCGGGACGGAAUCGAGGACCGGCUCGAGAAAAGCGGUUUGGUCUUGCAGACCCUGUUGUGAAGUAUGCGGACGCCGCGGCAGUAGCUGGAACGGCUCCAGCCAUGACGCCGACCGAGUCUGAGUCGAAAGUGUCAUAUCAUACAGUCCAACAAUUAUUACCAUAUCGAAGGGAGUUCCAAAAAGCUGGGCUCGCGGUGACAUCUUCGGAACAAAGACGGGAGUCUCCGGUCAAGCCUAGCGGCAGACGAAAGCCUAUGAAACAUUCACUGAAGGUCGUGGUAGAAUCUGUAGGAACGAGUUCCGACUCCGAUGAGCAAGACGAGACUAAGAGCGAAGACUCAUGCUCGAGUUCUGGAUCGUUUGUCGAAUUUAGUCCUGGUGGGUCUCUGAUAGAGGCAUUGCCAAAUACACAUUUUGUGCCGAAGCAGCAGCCACCAUCCCAGGGUAAAAAGGGAAUCUUUCCGUGGUUGAAAAGAAAAUCACCAGCUAGAGAAAUGCCCCCUGAGCAACCUGCACCGCAACCACCUCGACCACCCGCUAGGAAUGUCCAAAUUCAAAGUCGAGUGAGAACCACAGAUCCACACAAUGUGCGUGGCCUUCGGAAAUCUCACGCCUUUAAAGACUUACCAAGCUUACCUCCUGUCCCUGCUACACCUACAAAGCCUUCCUUGAGACCGACUCGACCGCCUGUUACUGCUCCUGCUCCCAAAAGGUCAUCAUUAAGAACACACCAAUUCGUUGAUGUUAAGCAAAACCAGAAUGCACCACGUCCGGAAUUGGCAAAUUCGCAUGCUGGCUCGGGACCAGGGCCCAGACAAUCAACACUGCAUACAGGCUUGCGCAGGCGGGAUGGGGCCGCCCCUCGUGUACCUCGACCUGAAACUAUCGAAGAAGAGAAAGAGAAUUCGCCAGUUCGUCCUGUCCGAACAACGGCUCGGCUCUCCCCCCUACCCGAACCAAAAGGCACACCGGCUCUAAGUACUACAAUUGAUCAACAGUUGCGGGCUAUGUCGUCUCAAACAACACCCUCCUCGGUCCCUUCAUUGCCAUACCCAGCACGACAUGCCAGUCGCCGGCCAUCAUCAUUGGAACGGGCAUUGGAUGAAGUUUCUGAACAGCUUAACAAGAUGGAACGGCAAGCGGACACCAUGGGUCAGUUAUGCAGUCGCCCAGCGACUUUGUUAGAAAAGACGAACCAGAAGGAGACGCAUUCUUUCCCUCCCGAGUCUCACCAGCAGCAACCAUCUGUCAUUACUCCUUCACAUCGGCUUAAGUCAACAGAAGAGGUCAUAUUUAUGAAUGGGAAACCGCUGCCAACUAAGUCUCCUGGUCGGAAGCUGAAGAAACCCUUACCGCUUCCGCCUAAACCUACUCAAAAUUCUCCAAGCCCGCCUCAUAAACAGCCGCUACCCAGUCCCCCAGUAGACAAGACGUUGCCCAGAUUACCCAAAACUGAGGAUCUCUUGAACGACUUGGACGUCUUCUUCGAUUACGACGACGCAGACAUCAACGAUAGAGAUGUCAUCAAGGGGCUUCAAGUCGCUAUAUACGCGGCAGCAGACAACGUGUAUGAUGCUUUAAUACGGGAUAAGACUGGGCUGAGGAUUCGUCGGUUCUUGGCUGACCUAAGAGCGGUUGGUGAGAUGCAUCAGGAAAGUCCAAAGGAUCAACGUAACAGAGGACUCCGAAAGAGUCCAAUGAAAAGGUGAUCAAGGAACCAGGCACCAAUCCGACUCUGACGGCUUUCCAGUGGCUCUUAGUAUGCGCAAAUAGUUAUGAUUAACCAAUGUUACCUCAAAUCGAGAUAUGUUGC